AUGUGCAAUAUGUGCAGCUUGCUGACGUCAAGUUUGAGGUCAUGGGUAGCUCUUCUUGGCUACCUUAUAGUAGAAGCAACUGCAUACCCUGUGCAAGGGUGGCCUAUGUAUCCACAAACAGCCAGAGAAUACCAGGACGAUGAUUACUACUACGCGCCUAAAGUACAAUACUAUUACGAUGCACCAGCAAUGACCGUCCCUGAUAUUUACGGACAAGUCCCUUACUCGUACUAUUACGACCCAUAUGCGCACUUUGCCAACGAAGCACCUGAGAGGCAAGACGAAAGACUCGCCGCUUUGCCAAUAGGACAGGAAACGUGGUUCGAAAGCGACAACUCUCCCCGUUGGCGAUCUAACAACGACAUGGACGAUGUUAACGCUGCCUUCCUAGACAACCUGAUUCUAACUCAAAUGGCGCAAGAUGCUCAAAGGCGCCGUGAGAACGCUAGAGCAGCCUUCUCUAACGUCGACUACGAAGACAAAGACGACAACGAAGACGAAGACGUCAGGGAGCUAAAAGCUUUGGCGGGUAAACCACUUUAUCACGUGCCAAAAACGGUUCCAAGAUAUCCCGAUGACGACGAAUACCCAUCUGAUGACGGAUUUAUAAACUGGAAUGGGAACAAAAGGGCCGUCACCACGAGCAGACCUCCACCUACGCAGGAAUCGAACGUCGGUGAGAAGGAAGUGGCCGUACCUCGUCCAGCCAAGAUCCCUAACGCACGGAGCCACCAAUCGAAACAUGACAAACGAAGCUCACCUUACUACGAAGCCAUUGCACAAUUGUUAGAUAACAAGUCUCAUAAACCGAUGCCGGGGCGAAGAAUCGAAAAGCGUUUUGUGGCGGGUGACUCCGAUCUCGUUCUAGAACUAAAAGGCCUAAAGCAUCGCAUUGCCACU